AUGGCCAAAGAUAAAGGAGAAGGUGAUGUGAACUGGUUCAUCAGUGACAAAGAUGUUGAGGCACAGAUAGGUAAUAAGAGAUCAUCUGGAAGAUGGACCCACCGAUACUAUUCAGCUAACAAAAAUGUUACCUGUAGGAAUUGUGACAAAUGCGGCCAUUUGUCAAAAAACUGCCCCUUUCCACAAAAAGUUCGCCCCUGCUGCCUCUGCUCCGAGAGAGGACACUUCCAGUAUGCCUGUCCGGCCCGCUUUUGCUUAGACUGUUCCUUGCCUAUGUCGUCUACUCACAGAUGUCUUGAAAGAUCUUCCUGGCGGAAACGAUGUGACCGAUGUGAUAUGAUCGGCCACUAUGCCGAUGCUUGCCCAGAAAUCUGGAGGCAGUAUCACCUAACGACCAAACCUGGACCACCCAAAAAACCGAAGACCCCUUCUGGACAAUCAGCCUUAGCAUAUUGCUACAACUGUGGGCAAGAAGGCCAUUAUGGACACGAAUGUACAGAAAGACGAAUGUCUAACCAGACCUUCCCAACAUCUCCGUUCAUCUAUUACUACGAUGACAAAUAUGAAAUUCGGGAAAGAGAACAGAGAAUAAAACGAAAAGUAAAAGAACUCCAGAGAAAUGGGGAGCUUCCCAGACAGUUCAAGAGAACUCAUAUGGAAGCCCUGGAUAAAGGGCCUCACCACGAUGAGAGGAAGAGCCACGCCCCAUGGAAAAGCAACCGGUGGACUCAAGAAAAGAAGGAAACGCAAAAAGAAGCCAAGGGCAGGAACAGUAGGGAGCGGGAGAAGCGCAGGAAAGCUGACAAGCGUCAUGAGGAGGACGAGGACUUUCCUAGGGGUCCAAAAGCCCACCCUUCAAAGUCCGGCACAUUCAAACCCCAGAAGCCUCACAAGUCCUUCCGCCGCUCAUCACAUCACCACAAGCCCAGGGAAGACAAGCUGCCCAAGGAGGGCAAGCGGAGCCAGCCCAAGGGCAAGCAGGGCACCUUGGAGGAGGAUGGCAAUGAUAAUUUAUUCUUUAUCAAGCAGAGGAAGAAAAAGUCUAAGGUGCGGGACAGCUUCUGAUUGGGACCCCAGGGGUCCUCAGGCCCCGCGGCAGCCUCUUUGCUGUCUGUGAUUACCUGAGUAUUCUUCUUCCCAGCCACACCAAAGCUGCUCGCCAGAGAGCCAGGAGCGCUCAGGUCCAGCAGGCCAUUAGAUAAAAAACAAAGACAAACUCAGACUCGCCUAUUCCAGUAUAUCAUUUUUACUCAGAAUCUAGGGACAGGAAGACUUAAUAUUUUAAAGAAAACUUUUUUAAGACUACUUUGAAAAGAUAAGUUUGUCAAAUGUAAUUCAUUUGCAGUGUGAGUUUGGAAAUGAAAUCCUUUCUGGAAGAGAAUUUAAUGCUAAUAUGAAAUAUUCGUCAUUCUUUUUCAGCAUUACUUUUUUUUUUUUCUUUUUUUUACAUUGGAAAGGAUAAUAACUAUCCAUCUAAAUCCAGCCUUUGUUGUUUCUGAAACCGGUAUCAGGAUCUUCCUUUGGUGAGAGUAUCACAGAUUGCAAAAUGGAGGUCUCCCCACCGGAGCCCUGAAAAGACAAGGGAUUGCUGGCUAAAGCGAAAUGCAAGUGAGGCAUCGAACCAUCACAGAUGUCACAAGACAGGUUCCCUGAAAUGAGUUGAAAAAGACUCAUUAAAGAUUUUGAUAUAAUCCCAGCAAAAUUAUUUUUACCAUUUUUGUAGCAAGAUUUUUUGUAGAAGAUUCCAACAAGACUGUCACUCAGAUAUGUAGAGAUGAAAUUGCCCAACUUAAAAAAUUGCUUUGUUUUCAUGGGUUUUUUUAACUACCACAAAGCUAUACAAAAUUUUGUACUUGUGUACCUUUUGUAUUUAUCAAAGCCUAGUGUAGAACAAGAAGAAUAAAAUGUCUGAA